ACAGCAAAAUUCCUUGUCCUAAGGGUCGUUUACAUAAAAGGGCGACAGUUAUUUUGUCGCCUCAAUAAGGUGUAUCGCCCUAUUGUUGACAGAGUUCGCAAAACCUGUCGCCCUAUUACAGCCAUAAUAAUAGGGUUACGUAAAAAGGUAAUCCAGUUGAUCGCCCCGCCCGCUUCCUUUUUGAAGCUGCAUCAAUUGUUCACAAAAUGUCACAAAAUGGUUGAGAAGUUCAGAUGCUUAAUAGCUUUACAAGUGUUGAAUAAUCACUUUAAGAAGGUUUUGUCGCCAACUAUCAAGAACAGUCAAAUAAAAAGGGCCUCCACCUUUUAAAAGCACAUAUCGUGUAAGCUAAAUAUAGCCAUGUUGGGCUUCUUUUCUCAAUAUGAGGCCAAUGAGGCGGAAUAAAUAAAAUGUUAUGCCUCAUAAGUCCGACGCCUCUAGGUCCGACGCCCCACAAGUUCGAAUUUUCAGACCGAGGCGUCGGACCUAUGAGGCGCCAGACUUAUGAGCGGACCCCCAUAGGGCCUACUUCACGCAAAUGCGAAUGCGAUGCGAAUUUUAUUUUACGAAGCAUUCGCUGCCCGGAAUUCCCCGGUGUUGAAAUGUGUUCAACUUUUAUGAAUUCGCAGCGCGUUCGCUUUCGCGCCGAGUAUGAACUCGACUAAUAACUCCAUCAAUACAAUUGAAUGUUUCGUUUUGAGAGGCUUAUCUUUGAGCUAAAAUCAGAUUCUUCAGGGGUACAUUUGAAUUAAAAAAAAACUUAAAUCGUAAAAAUAACAAUCAAAAUGCAAAGUGUGCUUCAUCUCUACGAAACAUUGGAGAGGGGUCUUGCAGUUUUCGGAAUGGACCACCGUGACGGGUCGACUGUACACUGCGAUAACAGUUGACCCCGCGCCUUCCCUGCACCAAAGUACAUUGUCAUUAUCAGUCAGUGCUGACAUAAGGUUCGAUGGCUGCAUGCAACAAGGCUUACAGUAUAACAAGCGUUGCAUUGGACGAGGGAUUGCACUUUGCCUUCACUUACACAACGGAGUACGAAGUACAGGGAGCGUUCGUGUGUGGUUGAAACAUUGGCCCGCAAUAUUGUUGCACCGGCACGUGGAUGUCAUCUGACUAUCUACUCAAAUUUCACUCCGCAGAAAUAUAAUAAACGUGAGGGAACUUCCACCGCACCGCACAAUGGAUAAGUACGUAACCCUUGAGGAAUAUAAGGGAAUGGUACAGAAGAUGCAACCAAUGAUGGUACAUGCCAACAUCCCGCCCCGCCAAAAACCCAUGGUGGACGGUAUCGUGUUUCCUCCGGGGACUGACCAGAUCGUGAGUGACCUCAAGAACUUCGAGGUCAGAGAGGACGACGCGUGGAUCGUGACGUAUCCCAAAGCAGGCACAACUUGGACCCAGGAGAUCAUGUCCUGCGUGAUGCAUGAUGGGAACCUGGAGGAAGUCAACAAGAGACACACUGUGUUCCGGGUUCCCUUCCUGGAGCUCUGUUUGCCCGAGCCGGUCCUGAAGAUGAAAAAUAUGCCUCAAAUUCACAAGAUAGUUGCUGAGAUGCCAUCACCCCGUGUCAUCAAGUCGCAUCUACCGGGCCAGCUACUGCCGCCUCAGAUGUGGACAAAGAAACCCAAGAUCGUCUACGUCAUGCGCAACCCCAAGGACCUCGUGGUCUCGUUCUUCUACUUCACGCGAAUGAUGAACCGUUCCCCUCAGAAACAGGCCGAGAGUUUUGGGGAUUUCUUCGAACUGACGCUGGAAGGAAAAACUAUGUUCGGUCCGUGGUGGGAGCAUUACCUAUAUUUCUGGAGGAAGAGACACGAACCAAACAUCCUCCUCCUGUGGUUUGAAGACAUGAAGAGGGACCUGAGAGGAAUUGUCGAGCAGAUCAGUCAGUUCUUGGGCAAGAGCCUCUCAGCCAAGACACUGGACGCCAUCACAGAACACUGCACCUUCGCCAACAUGAAGAAGAACCCCAUGGCAAACCCGGACACGAUUUUUGAGAAUACAGGUGGCCAGGACACAGGCGAAAAAGCCUCAUUUAUGAGGAAAGGCAAGGUUGGUGAUUGGAGGUCCCACUUCACUGUGGCACAAAACGAAGCCAUGGACGCCCUCAUGAAGGAGAAGCUGCACGGCACUGGGCUCAACGUCGACUGCACCUAGGAAUUGGAAAACCCGCACCGUGUCUGGAAAACACUAUGCUUUGGGUGUGGAGGAUAUAAUGUAGAAUCAGUCAAUCAACAUUUUUGCACUUUUAACCAUCUUAUGGAAAGUAAUCAGUGCAUGGAAUUACAACCUGACUCGAUCGACGUUGUCAACUAUUCAAGGCACUUUUGUUUGGGGCGCCCUCCACAGGCGCAGCAGUAUCAAAUAAGGUGUCCCGAAAUGUCACUAGAGACAAUUUAGACAAUUGAUUAGUUCGUCACGGUACCUGGGUAACGUGACAGGGGCCAUCGACAUUAUCAUGAUUUCAAUCCCUUGAAAACCAGUUAGUGACAAGGAUUUAAAAAAAAAACCGGAGGCAAUCACAUCCAGGGAAAAUAAUAAUAUCUGGGGUUAGCAGUAGUAUCCACAUUCAAUUUUUUUUUAAUGUUAAUUAGUUUAGUUUAAUAAAUAUUAUGUCGAGAUUAUUCUGUAUCAUUGUGACAAAUCUGAAGAUGUUAUGUGACCGUAUCAAACUGUUGGUAUUGGCUCAAUCGCCACGAUUGGUCUACAUCAUUCAAAACUACAACCAGUCUUAAACAUAGUGUUUAAUACCGACCAAGCACAUGUUUAUUGUCAUUCAUUAAUACCUUUCUGGUAAAAAAAAUUAAAUUCUGUGCACAAACUAAAGCAAGUCCAAAAUAUAAAAUUUCCAACGAUUUUGUUCAACAGUUUUCUGUCUGUUUUUCGAAAAACCCGUCUAGCUAUUUAAUGGAGUGUGCAGCUCGAAAAUAUCUCUCAAAACUCAUCGCAUGCUGCUUGCUUUCAUAUAAUACAUGUGCAGUUAUGUUUAUUUUGUUUUUCUGCUAUUUUGUUGAUGACCUUUAAUUGUGUCCAGAUUGUCUAUUUAAUACAUAUGGAUUUUGUUUACUUCAUUUUUGCUGCUGUUUUGCUUGUUUCGGCCCGCUGGGCGUAAUAAACUAUGGAGUGAAAAGUAAUACUUUAA